CAGCGAGAUAUAUGUUGACAUGCCAGGACUGACCAGCAUCUAGCUGUGGUUUCUGGUCUAGUUGGCAGACAAACUGGUUAGAAGUAUCUGAUAAGAGACUGUUAUCAAUGAUAGCAAGAUCUGUCCUGGAUGACUCGACCAGCAUCAUCACAAUAUGCUCUUAUAUUUCCUAGAGUAGCCCGUUCUUGCUUGUCACAUUCAUCAAAGUCGAUAGAGUAUCUCCUAGCAUAUCAAGAACAGGAAAAGGAAAUCAUCCAAUCGACAAGCCAGAUGCUAAGGAAGAGGGAUGGUCAUUUUGCCAGGCGGUGAAUAAGACAACCCUAGGUGCCUUUUCUGCCACCGCCAAAUUGAAC